UGUUGCAAGACGACAAAGUUAAUGGGUAGCUUAGUUUUGUAUCCAUGUAUAUUUCUUCAGAUUGAGGAAAAUAAUCGUUAGUCUCUCUUGAACUAGCUUGAAUCUUAUGUACUAAACUUUUCCAAUCAUAUCAGAGGAUUAAAUCAUUAAUCAGGUGUUUAUAUACUGUAGAAAGUUAAAGAAGGGGUGACCAUGACUGAUUCAUAAGAAGUCUUAUACCCGACUGAAGGAACAUCUAUAUUGGAGGACCUGUCAGUGCUCUUUGCAAUGUCCAUCAUUACUGUACAGCUUGGACAAUGCGGAAACCAGAUCGGUGGCCAAUUGUUUCACACCUUUAUGGAAGAUGUUCACUCUAAGCCACUGGCCACACAGGUAGCUCCAGACAAAAAUGAGGAUUAUAAAGAUGAAGUUCUGUCGAGAUUCUUCUACCGUGGAGAAUCAAGGGAGGAGAUGCCCAGAGUAAGAGCUGUCAUGGUGGACAUGGAACCAAAGGUGAUUGCUCAAACAUAUCAGGAUGCUAAAAGAUCCGGAACAUGGUGCUACUCAGAGAAACAACAUUACUGUCAACAAAGAGGUUCCGGAAAUAACUGGGCCCACGGGUUCUGUAUCCAUGGCCCUGCGUGUCAGAGUACUGUCAUGGAACUAAUCAGGCGGGAAGCAGAAAAAUGCGACAACCUGGGUGGGUUUCUCUCUCUGAUGAGCCUGGCUGGAGGGACAGGCUCAGGGGUGGGGGCAUAUGUGACUCGAUGUUUGAGAGAUGAGUUUCCUCAUGCUUUUAUCAUGAACCAAGUUGUAUGGCCAUAUAAAAUGGGAGAAGUGAUCGUGCAGAAUUACAAUGCCGUUCUGACGCUGUCUAGAUUAUAUCACAAUGUGGACGCAAUUAUUGUCAUGGAAAACGACCACCUCCAUAAAAUCUGUCAACAACUUUUAAGCAUCAAGAAAAUCUCAUUUAAGGACAUCAACAAGGUGAUUUGUCACAAGUUGGCUACAAUGUUGCAGCCCUGUCCGCUCAGCAAAUACACUGGAGACACUUGCUCAAAUUCUAUAGGAGAAAUGUUGGAACAUUUGGUGCCCCAUCCUGACUACAAACUGCUCACUGUUAAGAACAUCCCCCAGAUGUCGGCGGCCGCCCAGGAGUUCAGCACCUACCAAUGGCAUGGCCUGCUGAAGCACCUCCGUCAGAUGUUGAUCUCUGAUGCUCCCAUGGAGGAAGGCAUUGAUUGGCAAGUCAGAGUCAACUCCCAAGGAUCCCACCACAAUACAUCCCUGGCCAAUCUCCUCCUCCUGAGGGGCAAAGAAUCUUCAUCCGCAGACACCGCCCCGUUCUCCGAAUCGGCCCUCUAUGCUCCUUGGAUUCCUCCAGAUGCUGCCCUCAUGACAGGGGUCCAACCCAGGGCCUUUAAUCAUUACGAAAAAUCUGCCUCCUUAAUCUCCAAUAGUCAGUCUCCAGUCACUCUCAUGGAUUCAAUGGUGGGGAAGGCUUGGGACAUGUUCUCCUCCAGGGCUUAUGUGCACCAGUAUGCCAAGCAUGGCUUGACAGAGGAUGAAUUUCUGGAUGGAUUUGCUACUUUAGAACAAGUUAUUGCUAAUUAUAAACAUUUAUGAUGUCUGAAUGUGUUCCCGUAUAUUAGCAUUUCUGUUCCUUUGUUACAGUAACCUAUGCAGUGCAUAUUUUGACUACAGAUACGAAGUCACGGUAUCAUUAUUUCUUAUAUCAUUUAAUGUAAACUUCAUUAUAAACUGAAGGGCACAAACUGUCAUAAAGCAUUUGGAUAAUUAAUGAAUAAAUGACAAACAGUUGUA